ACUCAAAUUGAGAUGGGACAAUCUCCCCGGAAGUUUGUCUCUUUUGCUGUAGUUUAUAAUUUUUUCUAUGGGCUUCCGCAGCCACCAACGUGUAUUUUGCAACGUCUGUUUUUGUAUAUAAUAAAUAAAUGCUAAAAUGUCUAACGUCAAAGAGUAUAUCGAGAAAGCGACUCGUGUUUAUGAACGGUACACAGAGUAUGUAAGAAGAAACCCAGCUGCCACAGCACAGCUGGAGAGCACAGUGCGGACCAUUUCCUACCUGAUCGCAGGACGAUUUGCAGAUUCCCACGAACUAUCAGAACUGGUGUAUUCUGCGUCCAACCUCCUGGUGCUUUUCAAUGACAGCAUUCUGCGCAAAGGGCUGAGGUGUGCCCUGACUGUGUCCAUCUCGCAGCAGAGAAUCCUCACCUGGCUGUCAGUGUUGGAAUAUGUGGAGGUGUUCCUGGAGAUGGGGACCCAGAAGGUGUGCGGUGAAGUUGGACGUUGGCUGGUCAUCGGACUCAUUCAAAUUUUUAAGGCAAUAAUGCGCCUUGUGCUUCUUUUGUGGUAUAAAUCCGGCAUCCAGACUUCACCUCCCAUCAUCCCCCUUGACAGAGGUGCAGAGAUUGGUGGUCAAGAUGACGGUGAUGUGAAACAGCAAGAUGACACCUGCUUUGUGGGCCAGAGGUCAGGACGUGUGAUCAGAUCUCUGGGAAGUGCUCCCUCCAUGCAUGCCCGACAGUGGGGAGCAGCUAGUCAGAAGAAAAAGCCGACAAAACGGAGCUUGAAGGAGGAGAAGCUCCACAGCAAGCCAACACCCUUGCUGCUCCAGGAGACCAUCGCAGAGACUGUGUAUAUCAGUCGACCCCUUGUACAUUUACUGUGCCUCGGACUGUGUGGGAAACAGUCCUGGAAACCAUGGCUCGCCUCCGCAGCUCUUGAACUUUCCAGCUUUGCAGUGCUCUAUGAGAGGAGGUUUGACAAUCGAUGGGAGAGGGAAGAGAUGAGGAGGAGAACCUUUCUUUUGCUCUACUACCUUGUUCGUUCUCCAUUUUAUGACAGAUAUUCAGAGGAAAAGAUUGUUUUCCUGCUUCGACUUCUGGCCAGUCACGUGCCAGGGAUUGGCCUUGUCGCACGGCCUCUCCUGGAUUACCUGCCCAGCUGGCAGAAGAUAUACUUCUACAACUGGGGAUGAAACGUAGACGCCUGAACACGUCGCCACAAAUUCUUGACGAGUUCUUCUUAAAUAAAUAUUCUGCCAUCCGCUUGUCUUUUUACCUUUGACUUUGCUUUUCAGCCCAGCCUCACGUCUAAGUUGACAUUCUUGUAAAGCCCUCGCCAUGUGACAAAGUACGCACAGAGACUGUGUCAGUGGCAAGAAACUGCAAGACAUCUCAACAAUUCAUCUUACAUAAUUCACAAUCUUAUUUCAUGGAGGAGGGACAGGUUUGUCAGUAGUGUACAAACCUGUGAGACUGCAAGAGUAGGUUUUAGGGCUGAGUGUGCGUUGGAAACCACAAACGUGCUCAUUACUGACGUCAUACUUUGAAGACAAGAAGAGGUCGCAUCCUUUCAGUCUGAUGUUUAUAAGCAAAAUAGACAUUUUUUGUCGCUACAAGGAACGCGACCCUUUUGAAAAGUGGUCACCAGUGACCUUCUACAGCCUGUGUAAUGUCUUUAAUGUAAGUGUGACAUCAUUAUCCUUGCUAAUCUGAUAAUGAAACACACAGAAAUGUCAUACGGGAGGCGCUUGCAGUACUCGCUUCAUCUUGAGGGGUGGAGGCGCGCGUGAGCUGGAAGGUGCUUGUCACUGCUGUUCUUCCAUAGAGAGGAAAAGACCUUUUUUUGACAGCUGGAGAGCAGCAAGCCAAAUGCAUGAAAGAUAUUGUUAUGCUCUGCUG